AGAAAUUAAAGGUGGCACAAAAACUCACCUGGGUCUGUCUUGCUUCGUUUCCGAUUGACAUAUGUUCUUAUAUACCCAAUUUACACACGGUUUCUCGGAUACUCAUGAAACAUUCGAAAACUUCCGCUUCGUUGAAUUGCAAUGACAGAAUAUUUGUAUCUUGUUAGAGCCCAAAUGCAAAGUAAUAAAACAAUUCUCUCUCCUCAAAAUGUUUUGAUGCUGAGGAAAAUGAAUAUGUGAGAAUGUCACACAUUGAUGUGUAUAUGGCAGCAUUUCGUUUGUUUUACUUCCCUUAGCAUUCUGAUUUCUUUACCAGACAUUUUUUUCUUUUAUAGAAUUUCCAACCUAAUUCUGUAACGAGCUCUUGAUCAUCAAUGAUACUUUGUCGGAGAAAGAUCAAUCCAUUUCGGUUUUCUCUAAUUGCACUUUUUAUCGCAAUCACUGGACUUCCCAUCUUAUAUUCAGUGGCCGUAUACGAAGAACAUAUCAAUGCUUUCUUCCCAUUCAUCAGCUCUUUUGGAGUUUUCCCUCCAGAAAAGUAUGGCUUCUUCGUAAUGAUGACAUCCUACUCAAUAUUCAAUACUGCGGGCAAUUGGUUCUGGUUUCGCAUAGUUAAAACAAAAAUAUCGAAUAUGUCUAAAUCGUUGAUCCCCCACCUCGUCAACUCAUUCAUACGGAUUCUAAUGACUAUAUCUGGGUUGUGUUUAACUGGUCUGUCCAUUUUUGAUAUGGAAAAAUAUAAUUGGCACCACUACCUGAUGACUGUUUGCAACUUCUUCUGUCAUGGCCUAUCAGCUAUGUUGGGUGGUUGUUUGUUGUUCAAGUAUUUCGAAGAUUCCCGUUGGUUCUGGUGUGUUCGAUUCAUACUGACCAUCAAAAUGCUACUCAGUGCUAUAGCGUUUGUCUAUUUCAACUUUCUUGGUCUCCCUGUACUGGAUACACUAAACAUUUAUCGAAUGCUACCGACAGAUGGUGGAUACUGGGAAUUCGUUUACUGUGCUAUGGCUGAGUGGGUUAUGGUCGCCACAUGCAUACUAUACACGCUAGUCAUCGCACUGGAAACCAAUAAAUACGGAAGGUCUGUGAUGAGAACAGUUUCCAGAGACACCUCUACGGUUCAACUCUUGAGAAAUGUAUAAACUGUGCUAAAUUGAAAAGAAAUUUGUAAUUGUGUUCAGCACACGUUUUGUUAAUUAUCUGUCUGUCAGUCAAAGAAACAUUAUUUUGCGAAAGAGUCAUUCUUUCGGCCGGAAUCAGUGAUUAAGUCAGUGAUUAAAACUGGCUACAUUCACUGUGAUAGAAAGAACACUAUGCAAAGCCUCUGAGGAAGAGAAGAUGCAUUCGAAUGGUGAGACAUUGGUAGUGCUGUGAACGAUUUGUUUAUUU